UCUUCUUCAUUAGUCCAUCCCUCACUGACUCACAAAAACACCAAAUUCCGAAACACUCAUGACUUCACUGACCGGUUUUCCGCUACUGCUGCAACAAUUCAAGGCUCUGUUCAACAAGAACCUCCUCCUCGCAUGGCGCAACAAGACCGCCACCUUUCUCCAGCUCCUCUCUCCCUUAUUCUUCAUCUUCCUCAUCUUCUGCUUCCAGAAGGCCUACGACGCUCAGACUCAGUCUUCCACUGCGUACCGGAGCGUCACCGAUCCUCAGCCGCUGGUUUCGCUUCCGAUCCCGCCCUGCGAGGAAAAGUUCUCUAUCAAAACGCCGUGCUAUGAUUUCGUGUGGAGCGGAGAUCAGAGCCCUAGGAUUCAGAGCGUUGUCGAUGCCAUCAUGGCUAAUAAUCCCGGAAGGCCAAUCCCGGCGACAAAGGUUAAAUCGUUUAGAACCCCGGCUGAAGUAGAUGAAUGGCUGUAUAAGAAUCCUUUGUAUUGCGCAGGAGCUUUGCAUUUUGUGGAAAGAAAUGCCACUGUGAUUAGCUAUGGCCUGCAGACUAAUUCUACUUCUGUUGAAAAACAAGGGAAAACUGAGGAUCCCACAUUCAAAUUUCAAAUUCCACUUCAGAUUGCUGCGGAGCGUGAGAUUGCUAGGUCUCUAAUUGGAGAUUCAAAAUUUAGCUGGGUUGUUGCAUUCAAGGAAUUUGCACACCCUGCAAUGGAGAGGCCUUCUGCAAUGGAUAACAUAGGACCAAGGUUUUUUUUCGCAGCUGCCAUGUUUGGUUUUGUCUUUCAAAUGACUUCUUUGAUCACAGAGAAAGAACUUAAGCUGCGACAGGCAAUGACAAUGAUGGGCCUUUACGAUAGUGCAUACUGGUUCUCAUGGCUUGCAUGGGAGGGAAUUAUUACACUACUCUCAGCUCUUUUCACAGUACUCUUUGGAAUGAUGUUUCGGUUUAAUUUUUUCUUAAACAACAGCUUUGCAGUCUUAUUCCUUGUUUUCUAUCUUUUCCAACUCAAUAUGAUUGGUUUUGCCUUUAUGUUAUCGGCCUUCAUAAAAAAGUCAUCUUCAACCACAACUGUCGGUUUCUCCACUUUUAUCAUUGGCUUUUUAAUCCAGCUGGCUACAUCAAACAACUAUCCAAGCAUUUCUAGGACUAAGAGAAACUUGUGGUCUCUAUUUCCACCUAAACUUCUUUCCCAGGCUCUAUAUAUACUCAGUGAGGCGACAUCCACUCCUAAAAAGACUGGCAUUAGCUGGAGUAGAAGGGCAAACUGCGGACCAGGGGAUGAAAAUUGUGUUAUAACAAUUAAUGACAUUUAUAUAUGGCUGGUGGCUACAUUCUUCCUCUGGUUCGUAUUGGCUAUAUACUUCGAUAAUAUCAUCCCAAAUGUAUCUGGUGUGAGAAAAUCAGUUUUUUACUUUCUGAAGCCAGGAUACUGGACAGGGAAAAGUGGAAACAAAGUGGAAGAGCGUGGCAUUUGUAGUUGCAUAGGUUCACUUCCACCACUGGAGCAUAUUACUCCACAAGAUGAAGAUGUCCUUGAAGAGGAGAACAUUGUUAAAGAGCAAACUAAGGAAGGCACGGUUGGUCCAAACCUUGCAGUUCAGAUACGUGGCCUUGUAAAAACAUAUCCUGGCAAAAGACAUGGUUGCUGCUGUAGCAAGAGGACGUCACCAUACCAUGCUCUCAAGGGGUUAUGGGUCAACUUUGCAAAGGAUCAGUUAUUUUGUCUACUUGGACCCAAUGGAGCUGGGAAAACCACAGCAAUAAAUUGUUUAACCGGCAUCACACCAGUGACUGGAGGAGAUGUGUUGAUCUAUGGAAAUUCUGCCCGAAGCUCUGUCGGCAUGGCAAACAUUCGAAAAAUGAUAGGAGUUUGUCCACAGUUUGAUAUUCUUUGGGAUGCAUUGUCUGGGCAAGAGCAUCUUCACAUAUUCGCUAGUAUCAAAGGCCUUCCUCCAGCAUCAAUAAAAUUGGAUACUAUGAAGUCACUGGAAGAGGUGAAACUGACUGAUGCAGCCAAAAUGAGAGCUGGUAGUUACAGUGGAGGAAUGAAGCGUCGCUUGAGUGUUGCAAUAGCCCUUAUUGGUGAUCCGAAGUUAGUUAUCCUAGAUGAACCGACAACUGGUAUGGAUCCAAUAUCUAGAAGACAUGUAUGGGACAUCAUAGAGGAUGCAAAGAAAGGUCGUGCAAUCGUCCUGACCACUCACUCAAUGGAAGAAGCUGACAUAUUAGGUGACCGGAUAGGAAUUAUGGCAAAGGGUAGGCUCCGCUGCAUUGGAACUUCAAUCAGGCUGAAGUCACGAUUUGGGACUGGUUUCAUUGCUAAUGUGAGAUUCAAAGAAAGCACCAAUGGGGAUGAAGUUGCAACAUCAAAUCACGAAGCUGUGAAGCAGUUAUUUAAAUAUCGUUUGGAUGUUUCACCAAAAGAAGAGACUACAGCCUAUCUGACUUUUGUGAUUCCUCAUAAUCGAGAGGGAAUUUUGGCGAAAUUUUUCGCGGAACUUCAAGAUCAAGAAGAUGAAUUUGGCAUAGCAGACAUUCAACUUGGACUUGCAACUCUUGAAGAAGUUUUCCUAAAUAUCGCAAGGCGGGCAGAGCUAGAAAGUGCCACAGCUGAGGGGAGGUUGGUUACUCUCACUUUAACAUCUGGGGUAUUGGUUCAGAUUCCUACGGGAGCUAGGUUUGUUGGGAUUCCGGGAACAGUCUCUUCUGAGAAUCCAAACGGGCUUAUGGUAGAAGUUUUUUGGGAGCAAGAUGAAUCUGGUGCACUUUGCAUAUCUGACCACUCACAUGAAACCCCAAUACCUCCUAAUAUUGCAGUUGAACCAAUGCCACCUUCAAUUUCGCCCCAAAAUUUGUUUGGCCGUUCCAAACCAGUAAACGGCAUUGUGCUCGACUCCGACCAAAUCACUAGUUCUUUCGGUCUAAAUGGUCAUAGGGGUAGUUGGUAAAGGACCUGAUGCAGUAUGCUUAUUGAGUUGAUAGUUAUACUAAUUCUUAUUAUCUAUUUCCUUGUAAUUUCACUAAUUUGCAGCUAGUCGAGAUUAUAUUUCGAAUUGAGACCAAAAUUGGGUUAUAGUUGAGAUUCUUACUUAUAUCAUCUCACAAAGGUUGCAAUUUACAAAGCCAUCUAUAGCCAUGUGUGGUGAUUAUAUCCAAAUUUCAUCAAAGCUAAAAGGGAUCUAAAUAGCUAAGAUCACGUAAUGGGCGGUGCAAGGCCCAGCCAUCUAAUAGUUAGGACUGCAUUUUGGAAGAAGCUAGGCCCAAAGUCUGAUUAGGGCAUUAGGCCAUGCAAUGCCAGCCCAGUCAUUCUUCAUAUAGUUGAAAAAAGACCGUUCAACCACUUGUAUUAAAGAAAUGACACAGAUUAAAAUCAUGGAUGUUGCGAUUGACAAGGAUUUUUCAUUAUGAUAACAAUUGUUUACAGGCCCCAAUUCACAAAGUAAAGGUUUUGCUUAGGUAUCGAUUCAGACAACUGUUUAAAUAAUCUCAGCAGUCUCAAUCUAAAGCAAAAGGCAACUGCCUCUAUGAAAAAUAUCUCAAACCACCCCAAAUUUCAAUUCAUCAAGACAUCGACUACUUUAAAGAUCUGAUAUCAUGAAUCUGCCAUUGAAGAUCUCAAAUGGCCAAUAGGUCAUACGCAUGAACCCGAUCUCUACCGGAAGAGAUACGUACUAAGAGAUACAAGACUGAACUAGAUCUGCAAACCAAAAAAAGCAUAAGCAUCAUAUAUAUACAUGAAAACACAAGUUAACUGAAAUAUAAACCAAUGAUCUAUAGGAACACAUGGUUCAUGAUCGGAGCUAAAAGCUUCUCAGAGCUUGAUGUAUCUGAUGAAACUUACUACAAGCUAGACAGAGAAACAGAUCUAGCUAGUUAAGAGACAGAUAAGCUAUGGUGUAGAGCUCCCUUCAAUCCAAAACAUGAUGCAACUCAGGUAAUGCAGCUCCUGAGAUAUGGAAGCCACAAGCCUAUCAUCUUUACCAAAAUAGAGAUAGAAGUGUGGGAUUCAUAGCUCAGCAGCUCAAUCAACCCAGCAACAUCUUCUAUUGGACUUCAAGGAGCUCCACUUCAUAACCCUAGCUAAAACCCUAACACCAGUACGUUAGAUCGAAGAUGAUCAAGAAAGAAAAAGUAAAACAGAUCAAAACCUUGUAAGAAACCCUACAAAACCU